UACGAGCAAAAUCUAAAAUAUAAUAUACUCUUAAAUUCCGUGAAAAUGUUUUGGGGUAUCAGCCCAGCGGUUGACUUGUACGAGGAGUAUGUGAAGGCGUUCAAGAUCAAGGAUGAACCACUGCCCGAGGAGCAGGAGGGGGCUUGCGGAGAUGGAGCAUCUCCUUCCGGGUCUCUCAACAUACUGAUAUGCGGCGGAGGCGAUCCGCGCCAUAUAAUCAAGACACUGGCCAAACGCUACACAUACAAAACCAGGCCCAAGCUGAACAUAUACGUGCUGGACGGGUGUGCCGAGAUAGCGGCCCGGAGUAUGCUGCUCCUGGGCGUGGCCCUGGAGCCGCCAGAGUCCUUCAGCUUGGUGUACAAGGCCCACCUUUUCAUGGACAUCUAUGGGAACUCGUUGAUGCGGCCGAGCUCCCACCACUACGUGGCAGCCAAGGGUCGCACGCUGCUAAAAAUGGUCACCGACGAGGCGGAGCUUCAACGGCUGGCGCCCAUGCUCAGCUUGGAGGGGCUGAAGUACAAGGAGCGCGACGGCCUCGAGAUGUCCUUCAGCUUCUGGCAGCCCCAGCCAUUGCACAAGUACAACAUUGCCGCCUACUGGGAGCAGCGAUCGCGUGCCCUGCUGGGGAGUCGUUACGAUCACCGCAACGGCGCCUUUGACUGGGACCUGAGCAUGACCCUAAAGAGCCGCGAGGGUCAGCAGAUCUGCUCGCAGGAGUACCGCUACUGGCGGGAGAGCGGGGUGGCCUUCGUCUUCCCCGAGUACGAACAGUGCAAGCCAAACAAGACAUUUGCUGCCGGGCUGGUGCGCAACGGACGCACCUAUCUGCACCGCGGCUACGUGGGCGACAUCCAAACGGGCCCCUUCUGCGGCUUCGGGUUGCGCAGCUCCGAGGAGCGUAUGCACAACUCUGUCCACGGCGACAACGACUAUCGGGCCACAGAUGUGACCGAGCGCAACCUCCUCGAGCUCUUCCACGAGCUGCAGACACAAACCGUCUACGAGCACGAUUCCACGCGAUCACGCCGCUACGGCUCCGUUCAGUUACUCAUGACGCCCCUGCUCACCCACAACGAGUGCGAUGCCGAGGGCCAAGCCAGCUACGAUCGACCCUGGAUAAAGGUGCCGGAUGUGACAGUGCACUUCGUGUCGCCCAUGGAGAUGGUGCAGCUAAAACAGGGAGCGGCUCGCUGGACGAACACCUUUGACAUUGUCUUCGUUGCCUUCAACUACUUCUCCUUCCUGAGCAAGGAGUUCUUCCAGUCCCUGCAUCCGCGGGCCCUGCUCCUUUUGGAGACAAAGCUGAUGACGGUGGAGCGCAAGGACAAUGUCCAGAGCUAUGAGACCAAGGCCAAGGAGCUCAUGAAGCAGGCUGGCUUGAAGAGUGUUAUUAAUUACCAGGCCAUCAAUGGCAAGCAUAUGCUACUGAAGUACAAGCGAACUGAGGCAACUGAUCCAGACGAGGACGAGGACAAGGACGAGGGCGAUGAUGCUGAGGCUGAGGCUGAGGCAGAGUCUGGAUCUAACAACGAGCCAGAAGAGGUCCAUGAGAUGCAAUUGACUGAACUUGUUUAAUUUCAAUACAUUUUGUUUAUUCAGUU